AUGAAACCGGUGCUCGCCCGAGUCGCUGCUGCGUCGCGUGCAUCGCGUGCAUCGCGUGUGUCGUGCGCAUCGACGAGCGCGGCUCCACGUGCUGUGCACCUCACUCGCACCGCACACAUCUUGGACUUGGCAAAGACAGCGCCCGCAGGCCCUAGCUUCCGACGCGGCUAUUCGACGGCGCCGAACCAGCAGCAGGUGCUGCAGUCGUUCGGCACGCCAUUCGCACAGUUCGUCUACACGCUCUCGCGCAUUGCGCGCAUCAUCACGUUCUCCGCCGUCGGCGUAGCGACCAUCGGGCUCGUCUCGUUCGAAGCGGCGCAUCAGUAUGUCGAACACAUUGCCAUGCCUGCCGAAGCAGCGUCGGCUCCGUCCAACGACGAGUAUGGAUGGAACGAGCUCGCAUUGGAGGAGUCGUGGUCCGGCUCACCUGCGCAUCGCGGCACAGAUCCAAGGCUGGGCAUCAAGGGCAGACACGCCGUGCGCUCCGCCUGGAUGUGUGUCAACUGGGGCGGCGGUAUCGCGCCCGGCGUCCUGUUCGGUGGUGGAGCAGCGGGCAAUGCAGGCCUCGGACGUACGGCGAUCACGUCCAUGGCAAGCGCAAAGCAGCUGCGUGUAGACGACGGCAUGCUCCUCGCAAUGCAGUACCUCAACGUAGCCGUCAAGAUCGCCGCUUCCAAGGGCAUCAAGCUGCCCGAAACCGACGCUAUUCGUGCCGGCCUCGUGCAGCCAGGCCAAACGCUGGGCAAUGUCGAUCCACUCGCGCUCGCGCUCGAGGCAAAACUCGCGGCGGUCAAGGAAAGGCAGGGCUCGAAAGGCGCGAUGGAGUCGGCGAUUGGCAACUACGAGAAGCUGUACGAUAUCGCGAGCCUCGCGGACCACGGCGAUCGAUCGAGUCGGCUGGUGAGGCUGGCGACCAAGCUGGGCGACUUGCAUUCCGCACUCGGCCGCAAUGACGACGCGCAACAGUGGCUGCAGAGGGCGAUUGCGAUCGCGGCCGCCGCGGGCGCGCACACACCCAACAGCCCAACCACCGCGGCUCCCGAGGCGAAGGACAAGCCCAGAAGCGGGCUGCGCGGUUGGUUCGGCUCGGCGCCCACGUCGGACCCCAGCACAGAGGCUCAGCCCGAGCCUGUGUCUGCGUCUGUGGGGGUGGUGGCGACGCCGGUGCUGACCCGCUCGCUCAUCACGGCGCUCGUGGCAUCCUCGGCGCACUAUGCGCGCUCGGCGUCCGGCGCCUCGCUGCAAAGCGCACUGCAGACGCAGAUGUCGGCACUCCAGCUAUCCACGGCCGAACUGGAGCGUCUAGCCUCUACGCCCGCGACGCGCGACGCAGAGCUGCAUGCGCUCUGGAUCACGCACCACCAGUCGAUCCUCGAGCUGCACGUGGCAGAGACCAUGUACGCCAUCUCCAAGUCCGGCUCCCUCCCGCGCUUCCUUCCCUUUGGUAAAAUGGAUGACAAGCGUCAGCCCAUCCAGUGGCUCGUCCAGGCAGACGAGCGCGCGACGGGCGUCGUUGCUGCUCUGAGCCAGGGGGGCGAACUGGCGAGCAGGUGGAAGGGAGAGAGACAGGUAGAGGCCGCAGCUGCCAGAGUGCUUAGGGACGCAAAGAGGGUGAAAGAGACCGCAAACAGGAGCAGGACCACGCUCGAGGCAAAGUGA